AUGCUCGACGUUCUCAGCUUUAUCGAGGCGAGGGGGGGAAACCCAGAGGCGAUCCGCGAGAGUCAGCGCCGCAGACACGCCCCGGUGGAAGCUGUGGACGAGGUGAUCGCGAUGUUUGAGGCCGCGAGAGUCGCAAGAUACAACGUCAACCAGAAGGGGAGCGAGAUCAACAUCAACCAAAAGGAGAUCGGGGCCAAGAAGAAGGCCAAGGAGGAUGCGACUGAGCUCCUCGAGAAGAAGGUCAAGCUCGAAGCCGAGAAGAAGGAUCUCGAGGCGCUCGCAGUCGAGAAGGAGAAGACCCUUAACGCAAAGUUGGGCACGAUCGGGAACUUAGUCCAUGACACUGUACCCAUGAGCAACAAUGAGGACGACAACAAACUGAUCCGCACCUGGGCGCCCGAAGGCGUUAAAGUCGAGAAGCGCGACUGCCUCUCGCACCACGACGUGCUGACCCGGCUAGACGGGUACGAGGCCGAGCGCGGCGUCAAGGUCGUCGGCCACCGCGGCUACUUCCUCAAGCGCUGGGGCGUCUUCCUCAACCAGGCGCUCAUCAACUACGGGCUCGAGUUCCUCUCCGAGAAGGGCUACACCCCCCUGCAGGCCCCGCAGUUCAUGCUCAAGGACAUGAUGGCCAAGACGGCGCAGCUCGAGCAGUUCGACGAGGAGCUCUACAAGGUCGUCGAUGGCGACGAGCAGAACGACAAGUACCUCAUUGCCACCUCCGAGCAGCCCAUCUCGGCGCUGCAUGCGGACGAGUGGCUGAUGAGCAAGGAGCUGCCCAUCCAUUAUGCGGGAUUCUCGUCGUGCUAUAGGCGUGAGGCGGGGUCGCACGGGAAGGAUGCAUGGGGUAUUUUCCGUGUUCACCAGUUUGAAAAGGUCGAGCAAUUCGUCAUCACCGAGCCCGAAAAGUCAUGGGAGGAAUUCGACAAGAUGAUCGCCUACAGCGAGGAGUUCUACCAGUCGCUCGGCAUCCCCUACCGCGUCGUCGCCAUCGUCUCCGGCGCGCUCAACAACGCCGCCGCCAAGAAGUACGAUCUCGAGGCCUGGUUCCCCUUCCAGGGCGAGUACAAGGAGCUUGUCUCCUGCUCAAACUGCACUGACUACCAGUCCAGGAACCUCGAGAUCAGGUACGGCACAAAGACCCAGACCGAGGCGAACAAGAAGUAUGUCCACUGCUUGAACUCGACGCUGUGUGCGACCGAGAGGGCGCUGUGCUGCUUGAUGGAGAACUACCAGACUGAGGAGGGUAUGAACAUCCCCGAGCCUCUCCGUAAAUACAUUCCUGGUGCCCCAGAAUUUAUUCCUUUCUCCAAGGAGCUCUCAGCCGGCAGCACCUCAUUGCGCAAGGGCGCCCCCAAGCCGAAGGCCAAGGCAGAGAAAUCUGAGAAGGCAGAGGCAAAAUAG